AUGCCAAAAAUGCCGUCUGUUGAUAUGGGUAUGAACACAAUGACAACAAUGAUCAAGGAUCCCCCACAGUUCAACAUUUCAUCGAAAGACGUGGAAAAUCUGGUGUUGGAGAUCAAGGAAAACCUUCGAUUAACGACAGCCUCGACCACAAUGAAGUCGUUAUCAUGCACUAGGUUAUCCAGGAAGUCGUCCAGAACAUCUCCCUAUCAGAAACCAGGCAAAGUACGUUGUGAUACACUAGGCUGUUCAUCUACAUGUAAAACCUGUAAAGUAAACAAAUACAAACCUCAACCCAGUGAACUGACCGAAGACCCCUAUGAACUCCUACAAAAAUUGCUUAGAGAUGGGAGCUUAGUGAAUGAAGCAGUUCGAAGAGUCCAACUAGGUAUUUCACCAAAACAUUAUUUCUAUGAGUCAGAUGAUGAAUCGAAGAGCCCCAUGCUACGAUUUAUCCCUCAGGAGAACUGA